AAAUCAAGCACCUAGGUACCAUGAUAGGCUGCCACCUGUGCAAUAAGUCCAUCCGUAAAAUUUCCUUGCUACUAAAUAUUCCAUGGUCAACUGUUAGUGGUAUUAUAAAAGUAGAAGCAACUAAGAAUAACAGCAACUCAGCCACAAAGUGAGCAGGGUCAGCAUAUGCUGAAGAGCACAGUACGCAGAAGUCGACAACUGUCUGCAGAGUCAAUAGCUAAAGACCUCCAAAAUAUUAUGUGGCCUUCAGAUUAGCACAACAGUGCAUAGAGCGCUACAUAGAAUGGGUUUCCUUGGCCAA